AUGGAGAACGAUGGGGAUCUAGACCAGUUUGAAUCUGGUACUAAUGAGUAUCUAGGACCAAUGGGAAGUCAUAGUGAUAGUCCUAUUCAAUUAUCACUACAGCCAAGUCUUCAAGAUGAUAUGUCGACAAUUACCACCCGAGGUAUUGUCAAUGGUACUGCUCCAUUUUCAAAUUCAAAUAAAACUUCAAAUGAUGAUUAUACUGGAUUACUCUUUGGAAUUCCUAAUACUUUUAGUUCAGGUGAUACUAAUGUCAUAUUUAAACCUAAUAACUUAUUAACUAAUCUCGAAUCUCCUGAUCAAUUUAAUAUAGUCUCCAAUACUACCAAUAAUAAUAAUAAUAAUAAUAAUACCACCAAUAUGACUAAUAAUAAUGAUAAUAAUAAUAAUCAAGAUUAUUAUUCAACAGGUUUAAAUCAAUACUUUACAAAUGAUAUGAUGGAUCUGCCUCAAACAGCCAAUAAAAUAUUGAAUAUGCCAGGAGCAUUCCGUACAAGUAUUACUGAUUAUAUGGAUCUUGAUGAAUCUCCUCAAUUUACAAUAGAGCUGGACUCCAAUACAUAUUAUGAUCAGAAUUUUCAAAGUCAGGAUGCUGAAUCUUUAUUUAAGAGUAUUAAUAAUAGUAAUACUGCUAACAAUAAUAUUACUAGAAAUUCUAUAUCCAAUCCUAAAUCAAAUCUUUUAACUGUUCCACCAUCAACUGUUUCCAAUAGAACUCCUCCAGCAUCUAAAGAGACUUCAUCAACAAGUCCUCUUGAUAAUAAUUCGCGAGUCUCAUCAGUUCAAAACAUUAAUCAAUUCCCUAAUGGAAAUGCCAUCUUUAUGAAUAGUAAUGUCCCUACCUUAGCAAGUUUUCCAUCGGCCCAUAUUAAUCCAAGUACUACUUUAAAUGCUAAUUCUGAAAGUAUUAUAUUCGAUGAAAUUCAUCAAGAAAUUAAUAGAAUUAGAAAGGAUUCUAUUGAUAGUUAUUAUUCCAAUAAUUUAGCUGUGCAUACUCCUACUGGAACUGCUAAUGGAACUAUAACUUUACCAUCUCAACAGUAUUCCCAUUUGAGUGUAUCCAACAAUAACAACAACAAUAAUAAUAAUAAUAAUAAUAAUCCUAAUAAAUUUCUUAAUGAUUUAUCACCAUUAACUACAACCACAUCAUUAACUCCUUCAGUAAAUUCAGUCCAUUCAACUCAACCAUCAUUUUUUUCUGCUCAUCAAUAUUUAUCAAGAAAUUCUUUAGAACAACCUCCUACGGGGAAUCCUCAUCGACCAUCAUUUGAUUUAUUCAAUAAUAAACUUGUAGAAAAUCAAAGUCCUUCAUCUGUAUCUGCUAAUGGAAGACGCAAUCCAAGUUCAGGUACAAGAUAUAGUAGUUUUACUAAUUCAAUUACAAAUAUUUUACCAUUUAUGAGUGAUAGAAAUAAUCAAAGAUCACCUCCAAUGGAUAAUUCAUCACCUCCUUUAACUCAACCUCAUUCUUAUAUAUCAUCACCUCCACCAACUUCAAGACAUUUAAUACGAAGUAUAUUCAAAAGUUCAAGUUCAACUACUAAAUCAAAUAAUCCAAUUCAAUUUAAUGCUGGUUCACCUCCUCCCACCACCACCACCACCAACAAUGGCACUUUCAAUAUCAAUUCUACCAAUCUCAAUAAUCUCAAUAACAAUAAUAACAAUAACAAUAACAAUAACAAUAACAACAAUACUUUCCAAGUGAAUGGAGGAGGUCUAGAAUAUCUUGAAUCAGAUGCAUUUGAUGCCACAAUCAACUCCAAUAAUGAUGAUUAUUUUAUGUUAAGUCCUGGUAAAGAAGAUGUAGAUUAUGAUCCAAUUAAUGGAUCCGAUGUUAAGAAAACGGCCAAAAGAUCUAAAAUGAGUUUAUUUACUAGAUUUAAAACUCCAAGUAAACAACAAGAACAAAGAAAUGUUCCAAUUGCAAUUGAUGAUUUUGAAUCAAAACUUUUAAUGGAAGAACGAGAAAGUUUAGAAAAUAAUGGAGUUAAUUUAAAUAAUGGAGCAGUUGAAUCUUCUACGGUUAGUAGUAGAACCACUUCAACAGCUAAUAAUGCUUUAGAAUAUACAUCACUGAAUAAUUCUCAUCAACAACAAUCUCAAAUUCAAUCAUUAUCACAAUCUCAAACUCAAUUUUUAGCAACUCAAGAACCAGAUUAUGCAGCAUUAUUUGAAAAUGUUGGUAAAAAGAAAUCCAAGACCACUAAGAAAGUUAAAAUUAAAUCAGAAGAAGAGAAAUCGAAUUUAUUAAGUUUUAAUCUUGGUAGUAGUAAUAGUACUAAAACUAAGAUUAAAUCUGAAAAUCCUCUGGGAAAUGAUGGAUCUAAUCCAAGUACUGAAAAAUCAUCUAUAUUUAAUAUUAAAUUAAAUUCUAAUGCUAAUUCUAAUAAUAGUUGUAAUAUUAAAAGUGAUAAUGCUAGUGGGAAUAAUAUUAGUUUAUCAUCAUCUAAUGGUUCUUCAUUUCAUGGGAAUUAUAAUUAUAAUUAUACUCAAAAUUCUGAACAAGAAGCUGAUGUGUCAACUACAACUUCUUCACUUGCCAAUGCAUCCAAACGAAUUCUUGGAGCUAAAUUAUUAAAGAGGAAGACUAUGGAAUAUAAUAACAAUAACAAUAACAAUAACAACAAUAAUAAUAAUCAACUUAAUAAUACUCAUAGUAAUACUAAUUCAACUACGAGAAUUAGUACAUCAUCUAAUGAUAGAGAUGAAACAGUUAGUUCAUUACUUCGAGAUGAUCAAUUUGAUAAUGAUGAAAAUAGUUCAAUUACUACUACAAAUAGUAAUCCUAUAGUAGCUACAAUGAUUCAAAAGGGGGUAGAAGUUGAAGUAGAUUUAAAAUCAUUAGAUUUACCUGCAAACACACAAAUAUUCCCAACUAGUAUAAUUAAUUCAAAAAAUAGAACUAGAGGUCGUAAAGAAAAUAAAGAAGCAGAUAUUAAUGAUCAAUCGAAAAUUUUCUUAUGUAAUUAUUGUUCCAGAAGAUUUAAACGACAAGAACAUUUAAAGAGACAUUUCCGAUCAUUACAUACAUUUGAAAAACCUUAUGUAUGUGAAAUAUGUCAUAAAAAAUUUAGUAGAUCCGAUAAUCUUAAUCAACAUUUAAAAAUUCAUAAAGAAGAAGAAGCUAAUGCUCGAGAGAUGGCAAUUGGUGAAGGUGAAGAUGUACUUAUGGAAUAG